GGCCGUGUCACACAUGGGAGUCACCACGAGAGGGAGGGACUUAGGCACCAGGACAAUGCUGGUGUUUGUGCAACUCGCUCUCGCUUGACUACCACUGCUGCCCGCAUUGUUGGAGUGAAAGCAAAGUGGACAGCUUGAUCCUGUCCGUGGGAUGCACCAACAGAGGUGGUGAAGGAGAGAUUUGGUUGCAGUGUGAGGUCCAUCAAAGCAGGAAGACAGAGAUCAAACAGUGGUGGAGUUGAGCACAAGUGAGGAAGAAGAAGGAGGAGAAGAAGGAGGAGGAGUGGGAAAGAGGAAGAAGCAGCAAGUGGAUUUCCUGGCAGCGUCGGCAGGUCAGAGUUGAGCUGCGGUGACAACUUUGAAGCUUGAGAGAGAAAAGGAAGAGGAAACGGAAGACGAAGAGAAGUAGGUGGAGAAGGAGGAGGACGAGGAGGUGGGGAGGAGGGGGAGAGGAGUAGUGGAGCUGGGCCUGGAGCCCAAACAGUCGCAGGAUGGCAGAGAAGAAGGUUAGCCUCCCUGCUAAGCUGAUUAAUGGGGGCGUGGCAGGCCUGGUUGGUGUGACAUGUGUGUUUCCUAUCGACCUGGCCAAGACACGCCUUCAGAACCAGCAGGGCGUCCAAGUCUACAAAGGAAUGCUGGACUGCCUGGCCAAGACGGUUCGCUCUGAGGGCUAUUUUGGAUGCUACAGAGGAGCUGCAGUCAACCUCACGCUCGUUACACCAGAGAAAGCCAUCAAGCUCGCUGCUAAUGACGUCUUCAGGCAGAAGCUCUCCAAGGACGGACAUUUGCCUCUGUGGGGGGAGGUGCUGGCAGGGUGCGGGGCUGGGACCUGUCAGGUGGUCGUUACCACUCCCAUGGAGAUGCUGAAGAUCCAGCUGCAGGACGCUGGACGGCUCGCUGCUCAGAGGCCGGUUCGGACUCCAGCUCAGGCUGCUGCUCCUGGUCCAGCUCCAUCAUUGGUGGCCCCUCCUCCUUCACAACGGAACCCUCCACCUCGGCCCUCGGCCACCGGCAUCACCGUGGAGCUGCUGAAGACUCGAGGACUGGCGGGUCUCUACAGGGGGGCUGGAGCCACCUUAAUGAGGGAUGUCCCCUUCUCCAUGAUAUACUUCCCCCUGUUUGCCAACCUCAACGCUCUGGGCCGGGAGAGUGCACCAGGUCAGGGAGACGUGCAGGCACAGGCGCCGUUCUGGCAGUCGUUUGUGGCGGGCUGCAGCGCGGGCUCAGUGGCAGCCGUGGCAGUGACACCACUGGAUGUCAUAAAGACUCGUCUGCAGACGUUACAAAAGGGGGAGGGAGAAGACACGUACAGGGGAAUUAUUGACUGCACACGGCGCAUCCUGACACGAGAGGGUCCAUCAGCAUUCCUGAAGGGUGCAACAUGUCGAGCUCUGGUCAUCGCUCCUCUCUUUGGCAUUGCACAGGGUGUCUACUUCCUCGGGGUCGGGGAGACGGUGCUUGGGUUGCUGGGAUAGCAGAGCUUGGCACUGGUGGCGGUGGUUUUGUUGUCUCUGCACAGAUAAUUUGCUGCUUUAAUCUGCAGCGGCUAGGUGACGACUGAGGAGGGGAAAUUCGGCCACAACCUGCUAACCAAAGGAGGAGGGACGGUGGGAGGUUUGAAGAGAGGCUCUUUGUACUAAUUCGUGGAUCGACGGAUUCACACUAAUCAUCUUCCUGUAGGUUUUUACAUGCUGUCAGCAGGGUCUAGAGGUUAAACAGGGUCCUGUUUAUGAGUGUGACUAAUCUACGGGUGUCUCGUCCCCGCAUGUUGCUGUAAUAUAUAUCCGGGAUUAUUCUGCCUGGUUAUUCUGAGGGAGCUGCUGCAUGUCUGAGGCUGCUGACUAAAAUGCCUACCAAUCUGACUGUUUACACGGUCGUGACGAAGAGCUCUGCACCCUCCGACGUAAGUCACAAUUCCCCUUCAAUCAUUAUCACGAGCAGAUAUUGUAGAAUCCAUGUCAGAGUCCAAUCUUGGUAUUUGGCUCGUCUCCAAUCAUUUGAACGUAUUUCUCUGCGAAAGCAUCUCAAUCUCCUUCUGCCUAUCCUGUUAUGCAUUCCUCCCACUCCAUCCGUGAGCUCUGAGUUGUAAUCUUGGAUGCCUUUGCUGGAUUGGGACGUGCUGCCUGCCAGAGUCGCUAAGGUCAUUAGUUAAUCUGAAGGUAAUGCUUUAAUCCUUGAAUAAGCAGUACAAUAUACCCUAACACACAGCUCACUUCCGGCCUAAAGGCCACAGGUUAGGCUGCUGUGGCCUCUGUCUCGGAGCCUUGCCUUUAGCCUGGUUUAUACUUCUGCGUUGAAUCUACGCCAUCAUGAGCGCUAAGUCCUCAAUGGUUCCUGUAGCUCUGUGAUACUAGAGAGAGGGUGAUUCCUAUCACAGUCCUACCCCAGGUCCUGCUUGCUUGUGAGAAGGAAACAUCACAUCUGAAGCUGAGAGAAUCAUGGAGUUGGAGCUGAAAAUACUGACCACUAGUUAAUUACACUGCAGUUAUCGCAAAGACAUAAAUAGAGACAUCACAGGAGAUGGGAUGUACAGCGGAUGAGUGAAGUGAAGCAGAAGAUGGGGAGAAUUUAUGUAAUCAUUCAGGAUUUCAGGAGGUAGAUUUGAGGAACUGGUUUGGUACCUGCAGCAAUUUAGGACCUGUGUCUAUAGAUGGAGUUUCUCACUAGCAGUGUGGCUGGGCAGCAAAAGUUGACCUCUAGGUAAUAAUACAGCAGAAGUCUGUUGCACUUCUGCUUCUCCAGAGGUGGAGGUCGGUGCUCUCAGAAAGGACCAGUAACACAUAAAAGGUAAUUCAGGGGAUUCUUUCUGACAGGAAAAUCCAAGGAAGAAAACACAGACCGUAUAAGUCAGCUAAGCUAUUUUUUUAACAGUCUUUCCUGGACUUUUUGUCUAAAAAAGCUUUUAAAACAUCCACCUUGUGGUGCACAGUCGAGCUGUAAACAUCCUUUUCUCAGGACAACCUUGGCUUUAAGAAUGUGUGUGCUGCAGUAAUGUCACUGGAAUAAAAAAAGUCUUCAGGAAUUAAAUGGAAAUUAAAAUGCAAAGAUUUUUUAGUUUUUAAAACACAGUAAACAAUAAUGACUAAGGCUUUUUUCAUGCAAACUUGUUCUCCCAUCUCUAAAGGACCAAAAAGAGAAAAAAAUAAUCCUUCUGGGAGAAAAAGUCUUCAGAGUAUUCAAAUUUUUACAGAAAAAUUCCCUGACCUUUUUUUUUCUUUUUUUUUUGCUGAUAUUGAGUCAUUCUUCAAAGCAGCUCCUGUCUGCAGAGACACUAAGGGCCACGUCUCAGGCUUACUGUCUUGCCAUUAUGAACUGUUCAGGCCGUCUACCCCAGGAUCUAAGAGUAGAAACAUGAGCAGUUUUCCAAAGUCUGACUCAACAAUGGAACAGCCUGCUACUGGCCUGUCAAAGUUCACUGUGGGAUAGCAUUAGCCGCUAGCAGCAUAAACAACCAAAAAAAUGGAUAGGAUGAUGUUCAAUAUUGGAGAUACUGGUGUGGAUUUAAUCUUUAAAGACCCCAGAAAGUCAACCAAGUUCCAGGCUCACUAGGAAAGACUCAGUAAGGGCUAUGAAGACGUGGAUAGCAUCAUUGGAAAGGCACAACAAAGGGCUUCUGGAGGGACGAAAAAUAAGUGGCUACUAUCAAUGGUUUUAAAGUUAUUUAACUCUUUGUAACCUGUCUGUUCUUGUUGAAUAAAUAAACCCUGGUCUCAGAGGGUUAAUAAGGGUUUUGACUCUGAUGGAGAUGCAGUGUGUGUCCAACCAUUAAUUCUACGUGCCUCAUUAAACGGCAUAUAGGGACUCCUGCUCCACUUUCUUUUUCUUUGGAUUUGCCUGUGAGAAAGGAUCCAUCAAAAUGUACUAUAUAAGUGGAAUUCUCCUCUGUUUAACCCCAAAGUCUUUUUUACACCCUGCGCUUAAUAUUUUUGUUUAAGUUAAAGAUAAGUUAACAAAGUUUCUAUCUGCAGUCUCCCCGCUUCUGGAUUUGGUUAGUCCGUAAGAAGGAAGUGGCCUCGACAAGCAAAGUGCUGUUUCAAAGAGUUUACUUUUCCAGCUCAGGGUGCUGUGAGUAACCUUGAAAAGCCGAUGGGCUGUCUAGAUUCCAUGUUUGUCCUCAGGCCGAUCCAUCUUGCAAAGCUUCAAGCGGAUACGUUUGUUCCCAGUCAGAGAAUUACCGGACCAAUCAGGGUCAUUUGAGGAGAAAGGGGUGGCAGCGAUGGGCGUGGUUUAGUUGAAGUGACUGUAAGUCAUAAAACAGUGGAUGCAGCUGUAGCAGCAGUCUGAUCAGAACUGGACAACAUUUCUUUAUUAAAAGAAGAGCAAAGAACCACACUGAAAGUUUUUUUCCUGGUGGAAUAGCUGUAUUUGUUCUUCUGCUGACUCCUUCUCCUUCAGAAAGUUCACCAACUGACUCCACUGACAGUGAAGAAUAAUGAUAGCUGUGCUAUUAAAUUUACUCCUCUGCAGCAGGGCUCACCUUCUAUGUCAUAUGUUUGUUGCUCUGAUUGAAUGUGACAAUCACAGUCCAGUCCUAUAAUUCGUUCUUGAACAGUCCUGUCUUUCCAAGCACCGUCUAUGAGCUGUUACCCUGAGGGAUAUGAAAUAUGACACGUGAAACAGUCGAUCUGUUUCAAUAAUGCAGAGGUUUUCUGUGCUCAGGACACACGCUACACCUGCAGAUGUCAGUCAAAGACUUGCAGACCACCGAUACCACUUAGCGGACCAAUCACAGGGCUUGUUGUUGGCUGUGCUGUUUCGAUGCAUAGAUGCGUUUUUGAGGAGGUACACACUGGCUGUGUGUCUGCAAAGCUUCCAGGUAACAUGAUCUUAAAGCAUGAGUUUAAUGCAGAAGUAUAAACCAGGCUCAAUCAGCCUCUUCUCCACAGAACAAAACCCAGUAAAGCUCAUUUCCUCUUUUAUUUUGCUACAUAAAAACGCUUCAAAUGACGUGCGCACAACAACUAAAAAAUGCAAUUAAAGCCUUACUAUUGCUGAUAGUUUCUAAAGGAUCAAAACUGUGGGUUUAAGGGGAAUUCCUGGAAUUGCUGGGGUUAAACAAAGAUUUGGUUCUUAAGUCCAAUUCAGCGAGGACAAUUAUUAAGACCCAUGGAGGGAAUAUGGCAGCUUGUCUUGCCAACUUUUUGCCAUUUCUUAAGUCCACUGGGUGGCACUAAAAGUUUUUUUUACAUUUACAUUUUUAACGCAAGACACAUUUUGGCUAGUGGCUAGUGUAUCUAGGCUACUACAUUUUCCUCAUUGUAGAGAGAACAUAGCCUAAAGUAAACUGUUUGUUUACAAGCUGUAAAUAAAGAUAUCUCAUACAUGUGGAUUUGUCUGUGUCAUACAUGUUUAUUUCUUUGGUUUUUGUCUUUUAAGUGCUUCAGAAAAACAGAGAAUAUCCCUUUAAAGAUCAAGCAUGCACCCACACACGCAACUGUUACAAAAAUGUACAAAAUAAUUGACCUCAUUAUAGAAUUCAGUUCACAAAGAUAUAGGAAGUUUAAUGCAUUGAAAUGUGUAUCUUUGGUGACCUAAAUGAUUAGCUCUGAUUUUUUUAAUCAAGCAUGAAACAGACCAUUUUUCCCCUGCAGCCAUGUUCCUGUGACACCUGCUUAGAGUGGGAAAUUUAAAUGUUGUUAGCAUGUCUUGUAUUCGAGGCCUUUUGUCCUGUAAGUGUUAAUAUUUUCACACCUGUUUUUUUAUCGUCUCCUGAUUGAAAAGUGACCACAAGGAAAAGCGGUCCUGACAAUCAAGAGAGGUACUAGACCACUGUCCACAUUUAAAAAAAUAUGUUUAUUAACCUUUGAGCAACCAUCAGACGGAGGCAAAGGUUCAGCUGAUUCCUUGUAAAAUAUACCUAACAAUCUAGUGCCUGGGUGCCAGCUUAGCUCCGUGGGUAGAGCACGGAGCAUGCUGGUCACAGGAUCGAUUCCCAGUCUCUGCGCUGUUUGGUGCAUGGGUUUGCCCCACUCUCUCUCCCCAUGUUUCCUGCCUCUCUUCAGCUGUCCUGUCUGAAUAAAUGCAAAAAAAAUACAGCUAAUAUUUUGCAGGCUGUUUCUGCUGGUCUCUUCCUGUGCAAUUUCAUUUAAGUUCAACUACAUCAACAAUGUUUCGCUGUAGCUAUGCAGCUCUUUUAGUUCCACCUGUUUUUACUAUGUUGACUUUGCACUCCUGCUAGCUAUAAUAAUGCUAGUUGAGCUCUAAGUCUCCGUUGACAGUUGUGAAGCAGACCCACAGCCCCACAGACGCUCUGUCCUCCUCUACAACUCACUAACUGUCUUCAAAGAAGGAGUCUUUUCAAUCUAACCAGCUCUCCAUAAGCUUGAUAUAUGUAAUAGCAUGCCACUAUAUUCUUUGAAUGUACAAUUAUGAGAUAAUUAGAGGGAAAAACUGUUAAAAAGUGGCACUGUGCCAGUCUGGCCUGCAUCACAGUGAAUCUCGGCAGCAGUACACUGUGAACAGAGGCCAAUCUUCAGUGGCAUCAGGCCUUGUGCAGUGGGUGAUGCUGACAGCUGCACUUAAAGUAAUGACAGGUCGUGCCUCAGCAAGAUAUUGAUACUGUUAUCUAAGAUUAAGUCAACUUUUUUUUAAAGAUUUAUUUGGGCCUUUUCAUGCCUUUAUUUGAUAAAGGAAGGACAGUGGAUAGACUCAGAAACAGGGAAGAGAGUGGGGAGGGACAUGCGGCAAAGGGCCACAGGCCGGAUUCGAACCUGGGCCGCCCGCGUACAUGGGUAGCACCUUAAAUCACUCGGCCAUCUGUGCUCCCUAGAUGAAGUCAACUUUAAAAUUAAAUUCAAAGUUUUAAAAGUGAAUCUUAAUCCCCAUCUUUCAGGAUACGUUUGAUAAUCGGGGAUACUGCAGAAAAGGCUCAGAUCAAUAAAGGAUAUAAACCAGUCAUACUCAACGCGUAGCUCUAAAGGUACAUGUGGCUCUUUUAUAUCUUAAUUUGAAAUAUUAUUCCCCCAGAAAACCUUUAUAAAGGGAACCUAUGACCUCAGAAAUUAUCCAUUGCAAGUCACAUUAAUCAGUUUGAAUCCACACAUAA